GGAACCCAAGGAUCAACUCUGAGUCAACAAAAAUUGCAGGAACUUAUCAUGCACUUGUCCCAGUCUGGUCAGAUUCAACUACGAGAAGAUAGCAAGAUUGUGAUAGAUCUUAAAUUCAGCGGUAAGUCGGGUGACCAUGGGGUUCAAACAAAAUUGGAAAAUUCUUCGCUCCAACACUCUGCCGUAUCUAGUGGUACGGCAUCCCAAAUACAAACCAUAGCUUCCAGCAUCCCUCAUCGUGUUUUACAGGUUGGCAGCUCAAGUUCCGAUGGAGUUCAAAUUGUACGCACUAUACCUUCUUUUGUUAGUUCUACCACUCAAAUAAUUUCAUUUCCAACCGUUGCAACACAACAACCAGUCGCAGCCCAGUCAAGCAAUCCUAGACAACAAAUUCAGCAACAACCUACUUACAUUCUAGUCCCAGCAGCUCAGCUAGCAGGUGGUGGAGAAAAUCAGGUGUUUGCAAGCACACCUAUACGUGCUGUUACAGCAGGACACACAAUGCUUCGUACUUCUGGAAUAGGUAUUAAUAAUAAUCAAACUGUUAACACAAGCAGUGUUAAUUUAGGUUCAACCGAUCGAAGUAUUAUUCUAGUACAACAACCAGUUGCUGGAACUAGUAUUCACGUUGGUUCUACAGGUACAAUCGUUCCUGGUUCAAGUAGUGGUAGUGGUACCACUUUAGUUCCUUUACGACAAUUAGGCGUAUCUGCUUGUGGCGGCAAUGGAUUGGUGUCUAGUUCAGGUUCUACUCGUCUUAUUGGAUCAAAUGUUGGUAUUGAGUUGUUUUCGAGUACAGUUGGAUCACGAUCGUCCCAAGGUCAGGGAGGUUCAAUGGGAUUGGUAACAAUUUCAGCGAAUGCAGGUGUAUCUGGGUCUUCAUCCUCCGGAACUCCUCAGCGUGAGUCAACUUGGCAGCAAUAUGUCAAACAGUUCACGAAACUGGGUCCCUGUCCAAUCUGUGGGGAUAAAAUCUCUGGUUAUCAUUAUGGGAUAUUUUGUUGUGAAUCCUGCAAAGGCUUCUUCAAACGGACUGUUCAGAAUGCUAAAAGAUAUGCCUGUCAUCGCCCUAAUGCUUCUUCUCGAUGUGAAAUAAAUGUAGCUUCACGCAAGAAAUGUCCAGCUUGUCGCUUUCUAAAAUGUGUAGAUAAAGGAAUGCGUAUUGAAGCUAUUCGUUCGGAUCGUACACGUGGUGGACGUAGCAUGUAUCCUGGUUCACGUUAUCUGCGUCAGAUUGCAGCACGGGUUAGUGGGACUCACUCUGCUCCUGGUCUGGGCCUCUCUAAUUCAGCUAUGGAAUUUUCAACUUCAGAUCUCGAUGGGAGUAUGCUACGUGGAUUGACGGACCAAAGUAUUAUUUCAGAUGAUGCGGAUCAACUUUCUUGCUCUGUUGUCGGACUUGCUGCGCAUACUUUAGGCCCUGAUGGUUUGCCAGCUUCAGAAGACGCGGGUGGUGGUGUUUAUCUGGAUCCUGGUGUUCUCGGUACUCAUGAUAAUGAUGAUGAAGAAAUAGAUUCCGGUAGUCUGCGUGUUGAACCAAACAUUUUAGAAUGUGGAAGUGGAAUUGUUGGUGGUACUAAUUUCUCAACAAAUGUUUCGCCGUAUUUAGGUAGACAGGUAAUUAUCGGUGGUUCAAACGAGUCGAUUCCACGUACCAGAGAACAACUCCCAAAGAUUAUUCGGGAUAUCCUCCUUGUAGAGGAGACCAUAGAAGCGGAACCCGAAGAUGCACUAGAAAUCGAUGCUGCGGUUGCAUCAGAAACUUCAGCACCUGAAGGGGUUUCAGAUGACGAGGCAGCUGUGUACCGCGCACUGUUGAAUUUGGCAGACCAACGUUUAUAUCGAACAGUACGUUGGUCUCGAGCACUUCCAGACUUUUCUAUACUCGACACAGAUGAUCAAAUACUUUUAAUUCAAAAUUGUUGGGCAGACUUACUGUGUCUUGAUUGUUGCUGGCGCUCUUUGCCCACUCCUUCGGAAAUUCGUCUCACCUCAAGUAAAUGUAUCAAUCUUGAAGCUGCACGUGAAAUGGGUGCUGAAGAAAUAGUUGAGAGAAUUUUACAACUCACUCAAUCUUUAACAAGAUUACAACUGGAUAUUGUGGAAUAUGCAUGUUUAAAAGUCAUUGUCCUAAUGCAACCAGAAAUUCAUGGCUUUGAAAUAGGUAAAACAGAUUUUAAACCAGAGUUGAAAGCGAAUCAUGGUCCAAAUUUUACUCAAAUUACAUGUCGUAUAAAUCGUCCAAAACCGAAUGCAGAAGUCUACUUGACAUGUCCUGCCUUAGGAGAGAGUACAACACAUGAAAAUUGUUACCAAGGCUGUCAACCGACCAAUCCUUGCACUCAAUCAACACAGCAUCAGUCUGGAUGUGUACCUCAUGACCAAACAGUAUUUUGUCAGAAAAUUGAAUUUCCUAAUGGUACUGUUGUAUUGAAUUUAAACGUGGAUCGAACUGACAAACGACUGGCAGGAUUAUGGUCUUGUACACAUGCUGGUCUGGAAAGUACCAAGUUUGAGAUAGAAUUAAAAAGUUAUUCAAUUAUGAAUGAAAUUAAUCCACUUUCAAAACCUGUGGUAAAACAAGAGAAACAUGACUCAGGUACAAAGAUUUUACGAAACACACACUCUAAUCAAAAUAAUUUGGUCAACAAUCAAUCAACAUCUUAUAUGAGAAGACCGGAAGUAUUAUUUACUAUACUAUCAAUAUUGAUUUUAUCAAUUCUUAUCAAUUUGGGAUUCUGCAUUCGAUGUUUACUAUUUCGUUCUUAUAUUGACGCAUCACAAGAAGGAUCAAGUAAAACAAGUUGCCUAGCUGCUUGUCUUUGCUUACCUGAUGAAAUGAGGAAGGGUUCACUAAUUAUGACGACACCAAUUCUACCUCGAGCAACUAUGACGCCGCAUAUGAAUCAUGUUAGAAUAAAUGGCUCAGAUCAUGGAGUACUUAAUUCGUCAUACAGCUUAUCAGCUAUACAAAAAAUCCCUUUACUCUACAAUGGUACAUCAUAUAAAGAGAAUCCACCUACAAAUUACAUUCCGACAAAUUCAUUACCAGGUACUUUCAGAAAGAAUGGAAUGCAAAACCUGAGAAACAAUAGCAUACCACAACAACAAUUUGGAGGAUUAACGCAACCUCAAACUUUAGAUAUGGAGAAUACCAAUCUAACAACAUUUCCUAUGAUUGAUGACACAAAUAAGUUUGUUAGUUUCACACCAACAUACAUUCGAGCUCCAUCACUUAAUACUCCUUCACCAAAUCUUAAUCGUGACGUGGUAAACAAUUAUGGAUACUCACCACAAACUCCGGUACGUCAUUUUGGACAGAGCGAAAUUCACUCAUUUCCGCAGUAUUUAAUACGAAUGCAGCAUCCGCAUGUCAUAUACGACGAUGUUGCUGGAGGAACAUCAAGUAUUGUAGGGUCAUUGGGUCAUAGCCCAAGUGGUAGCAUUAUAGACACUACAAGUUUGCAAACUCAUUUAGCUCAACUUCAAAAUAUCAAUGUAGCGAGACAAAAUAAUAUAUUACAACCAACUAAUUCAAGUUUCUCUAAUCUCAUGAACCUAUCUCCGGACUCUAAUAUUCAGGGUCAUUAUAUAUCACUCCAACCCUCAAUAAGCCAUAAAUUAGCAGACGAUAAGAUUGCAACUUCGGUUACUUCAUCAGUUCCAGUAUCAGUGUCUACACCAACUUCACCUAAUUACUCAGGUCAAACCCGGUCAGAUACAUCUGUUAUCCCAAGUGUUUCCUCGUCAACAACUGGAAGUUCAACUAAUUCGCAACAAACAGUAACAUUGACCCAAGCUGACAAAUCAUUAAAUACUAAUAUAUCAAAUAUAAAUCCACCUUCGACACCUUCCCCAUCAAUUAGUUGACUUGUGGCAAACACAACAAACAACUGAUUCUUACUCACUUGGAUUCAAUAAUAACUGAAACACAAAAAACAACCACUAAUUUCUAGUGAUAUUAAUUGAGAAAUUUUAUGUACAAUACAAGCUAGAUAUC